CAUCACCACCUCUCUCGCAAAGCGCAUACGCGCCCGCCGAUUACGGGUCCCAGCUUGGCGCUGCAGCCACGGCGCCACUGCUGCGCAAGGGCUGCUAGCACGGUAUCCAUCGCUAUAGCCAAGGGCAGCAUCACAGCAUCACACAUCACAACCAACACCUUGAUACAGCAUACCAUUAUCUCGCGCGCGCGCCAAAGAUCGACGUCGCCAUCCCGCCGACACAAGCUCGGGACCACCAACGCAUUGGCCCGUAGGCCAAAAAGCGAAACGCCAGGAUGGCGGACGACGACGUCAACGCCACAUUGGCAGACGACACGUACGACCUCGAGGUCGGCCUCGGCGCUUUCGUGAAUGAUUUGAGCUGGACGAAGACGCUCAUCGCCCUCGGCCUCCUAAUGCUGCUCCUGGGCAGCUACACCCACGAACUAGGACAAAUGGAGGUCUCGGACGCGACUUUAGGACUCAAGACGAACCAGCCCAUAUCUAAGACGCACGACACGCAGAGCAAGGAAGCGCUGGCAUUAGCGUUAGGUAUGUUCGGCUGGUCGGCGGCGAUCGUCUACGUGAACGCUUAUAUUCUCGAUGAUUUAUGUCCGCUGCCCGCAACAAUCACGGCCGUGCAACAAUUUGCCUGCUUUGUGGUAGCUUACGUCUGUACGCACGUCCUGCAGAUGACGCGGCCCCUCGACAUCUCAUGGCGGAUCUACGUCAAGUGGCUCGUCCCGCUGGCCGCGACCUUUGCGAUCUACCUCUGGGCCGGGAAUUUAUCUUAUGUGUACCUGGCGCCGGGGUACGUCCAGAUGCUCAAGCCCGUGGCCGGGCCCAUCAUCUACGGGUUGAGUGUUGUGAACGACCCUUCACUCUUGUCAAAGUACAAGGCCCUGAAUUUUUUGAUCGUGUUCGGGAGCGUCGCGCUGACGGCGUCGACGUCGGACGACGAUGCGUCCACCCACGCUUUGCGGGGUGUUUUUUGUAUUCUGGCCGCAUCGGUCGCGAACGCCGUCUACGCCGUCGGGCUCCAGGUGAUCCAAGCUCGGGAUUUCGAAGAAGUUAGGUUUAACCCCCUGACGACGAUGCUCUACGUCAUGCCGUGUUCCGCGGUGUUUUUAUUUGUCAUCGCGGCGGUGACCGAGUGGACACCUAUUGAUUCUUUGUCGUCCUGUGUAGCGUCGUUGCCGUGGUGGCUGUUGCUGCUGGACUGCGCUUGUAGCGUCGGAUUCAAUCUGACGAUGCUCCGAUUCAUCGGUACACUGUCGGCGGUGAACUACGCGCUCUACUCUCUGCUCAAAGAUAUUGCUUUGCUCACGAUCGCCUUCCUCUUUUUCAGCGAGGAGUUGUACGCGUCGCGAAUAGAGGGCUGGGCUGUGACGAUCUGCGGCUGCUGCGUCUGGCACUGUGUGGAAAUCAACCAGUGAGUUAGGUUAUCCGACGUGGCCAUGGGGACAAUGUCGCGUCGAUGGCGUGGAAUCACCACGCCAUCGCGUAGACGCAGCUAUGGAAAGCACGUCGCGUCGAUGGCGUGGGGCGCCCGAAAUUUGAUUUCCACACAGGUCUGGCAACACAGGAAGUUGAGAGAGAGGCGUAAUCUACAAUAA